CAGAGCUUUCCUUCCUAAAUUCGCCUUGCCAGGCAGCAGCAGGACGGUUCCUGUGUGCUGCUGGUCCCCCUUCACACCGAUGCAGUUUGGAUUCACAACUUACAAGGAAUAAAAAGGAGCGAUGCACCCGAUGGGCUGUUCUGCGAUCCCAGCCCCUUCGGUGUGCCUUAGGCAGCGGCAAUGGGGACAAACGGACCGCUUUCCAUGAGUGCCCAUCCUGGGCCAGAGCAGCGCGGUUACCGCUAGAUGGCGACUGCUGUCCGCGGAUCCCGGCCCGAUCCCUGCGCGCCGGCAGCCGGGGCUGGUUUAUGAAUGAGGGGCUGCCCCGGCUGCCCCCAGCUCCUCCCUGCAGCUCAGCCGCAGGUACUCGCGGUCGGGCCGGCUGCUGGGCGCUGAGACCCCGAGGGCUCCCUGGCUGCUGGCAGCAGAGGUGGCAUCUCAGCGCUGGACCAUGGUGCUGUGAGGACGAGGUGUCCCCUUCCCACUGCUGAGCACCAGAAUGCAUCCUGAACCUCGCCGCAGCCUGCCCCUCUCUGCACUCCUGCUCUGCCUCCUCCUGCAGCAGCUGGGCAGCAGCAAGGCAUGGAAGCAGCAUGCCCCGCGCCUUCGUCUUGCCUACAAAGAUCUGCUGAAAUCCAACAGCUCUCGCCUGUUGCUGGCCUCAGCGGACGGGAUGGAUUUCCAAGCCCUUUUGGUGGAUGAAGACAGGGCCUGGCUGAUGGUGGGAGCGAAAAACCACAUCUUCCUGCUCCACCUGGACCAUCCCAGCAGAGAGCCUGAGAAGGUUUUCUGGCCAGCCUCCCGGGAGCAGGUGGAGCAUUGCCAGCUGGCUGGGAAGAAUGUGGAGACAGAGUGUGCCAACUUCAUCCGCCUCCUCCAGCCCUUCAACAGGACCCAUGUGUUUGCCUGCGGGACCGGCUCCUACCAGCCCGUCUGUGCCUUCAUCCAGCUGGGAGCCCGGGGGAAGGGUCCUGGAGCUCCCACCAUGCGGCUGGUGACUCACUCCUUGGAAUCGGGGCGAGGACGGUGCCCAUACAGCCCCCAUGAACCCUUCACAGGACUCCUUGUGGAUGGGGAGCUGUAUUCUGGUACCUCCAGUGACUUCAUGGGCAGCAGUGCUGCCUUCUUCCGGACCUGGGUCCAUGGGGCCGAGCAGAGCUACAUCCGGACGGAGCAGAACCAGGACCACUGGCUGCAUGAGCCCGCAUUCGUCGGUGCCUAUGCCAUCCCUGAUACCUACAACCCACAUGAUGACAAGGUCUACAUCUUCUUCCGUGAGACAGCCAUGGAAGCUGGGCAGUGGGAGAGGCGGCACAUCCAUGCCAGGGUGGCCCGUGUCUGCAAGAAUGACGUCGGAGGGAAGCACAGCCUCAUCAACCGCUGGAGCACAUUCCUCAAGGCCCGUCUGGUGUGCUCCAUCCCCGGGCCCCACGGCACCGAGACACACUUCGACCAGCUGGAGGAUGUUUUCCUCCUCCACACCCGGGACCCCCAGAACCCCCUCAUCUUUGGGCUCUUCACGGUCUCCAGCGGUGUCUUCAGCGGCUCUGCUGUCUGCGUCUACUCCAUGGCUGCCGUUAGAGCCGCCUUCAGCGGCCCCUUCGCACACAAGGAGGGAUUCGACUACCGCUGGGUAGAAUACAAGGGCCGUGUCCCCUACCCCCGCCCCGGCACGUGCCCCAGCGAGACAUAUGACCCCCUCCUGCAAUCCACGAAGGACUUCCCCGACGAGGUGAUCAGCUUCAUGCGCACCCACCAGCUGAUGUGGGAGCCCGUGUACCCGCAGGGCCGCCAGCCCGUCCUGGCCAGGGUCAACGUUCCCUACCGGCUGCGGCGCCUGCUGGUGCACAGGCUGGAGACCGAGAACCGGCACUACGACGUGCUCUUCCUCGGCACAGAUGAAGGUAAAGUCCUGAAGGUGGGGCUGGCCGGUGGCGUGAGCCGUGGCACCGAGGUGAUCAGCCUGGAGGAGAUCAGCGUCACUAAGGUGCCUUCUCCCAUCCUGGACAUGAAGCUGUCACCGAAGCGGCAGGAGCUCUUUGUGAGCAGCACCCACGGGCUGAUCCAGCUCUCCCUCUACCGCUGCGAGCUCUACGGCAAAACCUGCACCGACUGCUGCUUGGCCAGGGACCCUUACUGCACCUGGGACAGCAGGACCUGCGCCCCACACGUGCUCACCGAGAAGAGGCGUGCUCGCUGCCAGGACGUGCUGAAGUCUGACCCGCUCAGCCAGUGCCAGGACACUGCAGAGGGAACCGCUGCUGUGGAGAAGCUGGUGUUUGGGGUGGAGAAGAACUCAACGUUCCUCGAGUGCCUGGCGCGCUCCCCGCAGACCACUGUGCGGUGGCUGAUGCGGCACGGAGAGGACAUGGACCUGAGCGAGGUCCGGAGCAACGGGCACUUCUCGGUGCUGGAGCAGGGGCUGCUGAUCCGGCAGCUGGCUCCGGAGGAUGCGGGCACCUACGAGUGCCAGGCCAUGGAGCGCUCCUUCUCCCGGCCCCUCACCCGGUACAGCCUCCGCGUCAUCAGGCAUGAGGCCAUGGAGCUGCCACCCUACAAGCGGAGCAAGGGACCCGAGCUGGGAGGGACGCACCAGAGCCCCCGGCCCCGCAUUGACCUGCACCCCGGCUACAAGGGCUUCCCUCGGGCCCUGGGGGCACCGGGCACCAGCCUGGAUGUCUACUGCAACGCCCUGCGGCUGCAGGAGAGGCAGCGGCAGAAAGCCUGGCACCAGAAGUGGCAGCACCCAUCCCCGGACAGCAAGAGCGGCCGGGUGCGGCGGCACCGCCAGCCCCUGUGAGGGCAGAGGAGCCGGAGCCGCCGCUGCUCCCUCCGCGCUCUGCCCGGGGCCCUUCUCGCUCACAGGAUCAGCUCCGAGACGCCUCAGCUUCCUGUGCACAAAGCGCCUCGCUGUUACUACCUCAGACCUGCCAGUCCCCUCCGUGCUGCCCACAGGGCACGCUGGAGCCAGGGCACGCAGCCCGCACCGGCUCCGAGACUCAAAGCUAUUUACACCCUGCAGGAUAUUUAUUCUCCUUGUUUCCCCCUGCCCCUUCAUGACAAUUGUUAUCAGCAGCAAUAAUAAGCACAGAGGACAGAGAAGGGAAAUUGUGAGCUUCCAUAGAUGGUUCUCCAACACUCAGCAGCAUCCAGCCCUGCCAUGGACAUUGUGCCCCCAGCCUCCCUCCCUUCCAGAGGGAGCAGGCUCCGGUGGGGUGCUCACCUGGGCGGCUGCAGAGGUACCAGUGGAUUCCAAAUGCCACUGGAGGUAGUAGGGCAAAGCUCCUUGUUGGGCCUGGGCACCUGGGGUUUGAAGAGAUGCCCAUACUCAGCUCUGCUCCACUUCAGACCACACCAGCUGGUUAAUUCUGACAUGUAUUUUACAAACACAAAUAAAAGAGAGCCACCAGGCACUUAUACCAACUUACAAUUUAUUAUUUUUUUAAAAAAUGACAUGAAACACAAGUAAAAAUAAAUACAUCAUAUAAACAACAAAUUGUUCAAAGUCU